AUGAUGCCCACACUCAUGGGAGGCGUUCUUCCCGGGCCUGUUCCCACACCCUAUCACACCGACACCUUUUUGGACGACUUGUCGAGACAAAUGGCUCUCUCCCAGGCGUCACGGAGGCUUUCUCGAGGCUCCAACGGACAACGCAACGCAGGAGCUAUGCGUGUAGCCAAGCCCACCAGCGCAAGCAACAGCCCGAGGUCAGCAGCGGCCAUGCAGGCAAGGAGGAGGACUGUGGUCAACGAUGGAAACCUGGCGAGGCGGAGGCAGCAGCCCAUGGACCAAGUCCCGAUGCCCGACUAUGGAUCUCAGUCACGACCGAGCCGUCCCCUUAGCUGGCACCCUUCGACCUUUCAACAACAGAAGAUGGCCGUCCCUCAGAGCAUGGCACAAUACCCAUUCCCUCCUGUCACGUCGGGGUACGAUACAGACAGCUAUCACGUAUACCAGCAAUUCCCACCAACACCGGCAGCCUACUCUUGCAACACCUCCCCUGUUGCCUCAUUCUCCCCUCUAUCACUUCCUUUUGGAGGAUAUGAUGGACCCAACUACCUGCCUGUUGAAGGCUGGAACGUACCUCAUCAAGCACCGCCGGCCUAUGUCUCCUCAGACGCGUCUGGCUACGCUGAGCCUUUCCCAUCUCUACCAACUACGCUCCCGGAUCUUACGCCGUCUUCCACCUCGACACAACAGUGGAACUCGCACCACAUGCACGGCUUCACUAGCACUUCUCCGCCCACCCCCGAAACGCUGCCGCAGGCACAGCAGCCCCAACCUAUAGUGCCAAAUGAGGACACUAUCCCCUAUCAACCCCUCGACGAGCCCGAGGAGGAGGGAGAGAUCCUCGUGGGCAUGGGGCUCUAUGACGCUCCCGACAAGUACGACCAGGACCCGCAACUCGACACAUCUCGUUCUGCCAUGUCCUCGCUGCUGGGCAACUCUUUCCGCCCCCUGGAGGGUACGGGCAAGGGCCUGAAGCUUGAGGAGUCGUGGCAGCCUCCCGAGAGCGAUGACGAGGAUGAGGAUGAGCAGGACGACGCCGAUGGUGAAGAUUCGGAUUAA